AUGAAGCUCGCUUUAUUUUUUAUGUUAUCAGUGACGGCUGUCACGAUGGCCAACGUACUAUCCCGAGGGCUCAAAAAUGCAAAUGACCUCUUCACAUACAGCAUGUUCUCUGAAAUAGUAAGAGAAAAGCCUCAACAGAGUGUGGUGAUGUCACCAUUCUCCGUUUUGACCCCAUUAGCCCAGCUCGCCGUUGCCUCUGAGGGAGAAUCACACGAUGAGCUUUUGAAGGCAAUUGGCAUGCCCAAUGAUCAUUUGACGAAAGCUGCAUUUUAUCAGAAUGGACAGAUCCUCAAAUCAGUGAGAGGUGUAAAUUUUAAAACAGCAAGUAAAGUAUACAUCGGCAACAACUAUCAACUAAAUGAAGACUUUGCAACGUCCACUCGUGAUGUAUUUAAUUCCGAAAUUAAAAAUAUCGACUUUUCACAAGCGCAAAGAGCCCCAAACGAAAUCAACUCCUGGGUUGAAGACCAAACUAAUAAAAAAAUUAAAGACCUCGUUGAUCCCCAUUCAUUGGAUGCCGCUACUCGAGCUGUUCUGGUGAACGCUAUAUACUUUAAGGGUCACUGGAAGAUUCCGUUCAGACCUUCCGCCACAAAUGACAGGCCGUUUUAUGUUACAAAAAAUACGUCAAUUACAAUUCCAAUGAUGUCCCAAGAAUCUGACUUCAAAUAUGCUGAGGUCCCGGAACUAGAUGCCACGAUUCUUCAAUUGUUCUAUGAAGGAAAUGAUGCUUCCAUGAUACUAGUACUCCCGAAUGAAGUCGACGGAAUCACGCGGUUGGAGGAGAAGUUGAGAGACCCAUCAGCACUGAACGACGCAAUUUAUAAGAUGUACUCAACUAAAGUGGAGGUCACAAUUCCUAAGUUCAAAAUAGAGACUACAACAGACCUGAAAGAAGUUUUAUCAAAGAUGGGCGUUAAAAAAUUGUUUACACCCGGCCAAGCUCAUUUAAGUAAACUGAUAAAAGGAGAGGAUGAGCUCGAAAUAAGUGAUGCUAUUCAAAAGGCUUUCAUUGAGGUCAAUGAAGAAGGGGCUGAAGCUGCAGCAGCUAAUGUAUUCGCUGUUGGCUUCGCCGCUGAAUUUAUUCCGGAACAGCCUAAGAGGUUUCUUGCUGAUAGACCAUUCUACUUCGAAAUAAGGCUCAACGAUUUAAUCAUUUUCAACGGUGUUAAAGCUAAUUAA